GCCCCAUGGAGCGCCCCGCGCCCCGCCGCGCCCCGCUGCUGCCGCUGCUGCUCGGCGGCCUCGCGCUGCUGGCGGCCCCAGCGGGUGCAGACGUCCCGAUGGAGACCUGCUGUGCUGACGGACACCGGAUGGCCACGCAGCAGAGGGACUGCUCACAGCCGGACCCCUCGGGCUCCAGGGAGUGCAGGAUGGUCCGGGAGCAGUGCUGCCACAACCAGCUGGAGGAGCUGCACUGCGCCACGGGCAUCAACCUGGCCAGCGAGCAGGAGAGCUGCGACCCCACCCCUGGCGGCCAGGCCGGCCUCGAGGCCGUGUAUGUGAAGAGGUGCUGCCACUGCUGCCUGCUGGGCAGGGCGGCCCAGGCGCAGGGCCGGAGCUGCGAGUACAGCCUCAUGGUCGGCUACCAGUGCGGGCUGGUCUUCCGGGCGUGCUGCGUCAAGGGCCAGGAGACGGCGGACUUUGCCCCUGGGGAUGUUGGGGUGCCCCAGGAAACAGCCAAGGUGUCCGAGCUGGAGGAGGAGCCAGAGGACCCGUACCUGAAUGACCGCUGCCGAGGUGGCGGGCCCUGCAGGCAGCAGUGCCGGGACACGGGGGAGGAGGUGGUCUGCUCUUGCUUCGUGGGCUACCAGCUGAUGCCCGACGGCGUCUCCUGUGAAGAUGUGAACGAGUGCAUCACGGGCCGCCAUGCCUGCCGGCUGGGCGAGUCCUGCAUCAACACAGCCGGCUCCUUCCGCUGCCAGCGGGACAGCAGCUGCGGGACGGGCUACGAGCUCACCGAGAACAAUGACUGCAAAGAUAUUGACGAAUGUGAGAGUGGUAUUCAUAACUGCCUCCCCGAUUUUAUCUGUCAGAAUACUCUGGGAUCCUUCCGCUGCAGACCCAAGCUACAGUGCAAGAGCGGCUUUAUACAAGAUGCUCUAGGCAACUGUAUUGACAUCAACGAGUGUUUAAGUAUCAGUGCCCCGUGCCCGGCUGGGCAGACUUGCAUCAACACGGAGGGCUCCUACACGUGCCAGAAGAAUGUGCCCAACUGUGGCCGUGGCUACCAUCUCAAUGAGGAGGGAACCCGCUGUGUUGAUGUGGACGAGUGUUCGCCGCCCUCCGAGCCCUGCGGGCCGGGGCACCGCUGCGUGAACUCCCCUGGAAGCUUCCGCUGCGAGUGUGAGGCUGGUUACUAUUUUGACGGCAUCAGCAGGACGUGUGUGGACAUCAACGAGUGUCGCCGCUACCCGGGGCGGCUGUGCAGCCACAAGUGUGAGAACACACUCGGCUCCUACCGCUGUAGCUGCUCCGCGGGCUUCCGGCUGGCUGCUGACGGCCGGUCCUGCGAAGAUGUGAAUGAAUGCAGCAGCAGCCCCUGCAGCCAGGAGUGUGCCAACGUCUACGGCUCCUACCAGUGCUACUGCCGGCGCGGCUACCAGCUCAGCGACGUGGACGGGGUCACCUGCGAGGACAUCGACGAAUGCGCCCUGCCCACGGGUGGCCACAUCUGCUCCUACCGUUGCAUCAACAUCCCCGGCAGUUUCCAGUGCAGCUGCCCUGCGUCUGGGUACCGGCUGGCCCCCAACGGCCGCAACUGCCAAGACAUUGACGAGUGUGUGACCGGCGUCCACAACUGCUCCAUCAACGAGACCUGCUUCAACAUCCAGGGCGGCUUCCGCUGCCUGGCCUUCGAGUGCCCUGAGAACUACCGCCGCUCCGCAGACACGCCCCGCCAGGAGAGGACGGAUGCCGUCCGCUGCAUCAAGUCCUGCCGACCGGGCGACGUGGCCUGCAUGCUGGACCCGGUACACACCGUCUCCCACACCGUUGUCUCGCUGCCCACCUUCCGCGAGUUCACCCGCCCUGAGGAGAUCAUCUUUCUCCGGACCAUCACACCCUUGUACCCCACCAGCCAAGCCGACAUCAUCUUCUACAUCACGGAGGGCAACCUGCGGGAGUCCUUCGACAUCACCAAGCGCUACGUGGACGGCAUGACCGUGGGUGUCGUGCGCCAGGUGCGGCCCAUCGUGGGCCCGUUCCACACCGUCCUGAAGCUGGAGAUGAACUACGUGGUCGGGGGUGUGAUGUCCCAGCGGAAUGUCGUGCACGUCCAUGUCUUCGUGUCCGAGUACUGGUUCUGAGCGCCACGGUGCAGCCAAGCCCGUGCCCCAGGCCAAGUCAUUGCUGCCAGUGGCGAUGCCCUGUCCCUGUUCUUGCCACACAGACGUGUCUUCACUUUAUGUACUGGUGUGUAGUGUUAGGCUGGGCCAUGGGAGUACGUCCCUCUGACGUCUCAUGGUGUCUAAUGAGUCCAAUUACUCAACUGUUGGGUUGGAAACCUUGGCUUAUUUUUCAAUGCAAAGAUUAUAUUUUCCUCCCCUUCUCUGCCGGGGGUGGGCAUAGCUAAGGACCAAGGAAAGAAAGAUAAUUUUCAGGGGUCAGCCAGUCCACAAGCCGAGAAAAACCAGUUCUUGCCCUGAUUGUGUGAAACCCGGCACCCGAUUCCAAGGAUGCGGCUGCUGCGGAACAGCUUCUGCAGCGCGCUCUGCCCGGGGGCACUGGGCCCGCGGAGCCGUUCGAAGGCAAAUGGCGGUUGUGUCAAAACAGAAAAGCCUUGGUAUAAACACAGCCUCAGCUCUGAGGCCCCCACCCCGCGUCUGUCCGCCAGGGAACGGCUGGGCUCCUCGGCCGCGGCACCAGCUUUCUUGUGGUCCUGGGAAAAUAAACAGCGUCGAGAUCCUCCUGAUGACUGUGCACGGCCGUGU